AUGGAGGCCACUGAUAUUGAGUUUCCAGGAUUUCAAUGUUCGGUUCCUAGUAAAGAGUUUGCGAUCGCACAAAAACCAUCAUUGAGUCGGUUGCAAAGGCGUGCACCCCAUCGUCUGCAGCUGAAUCUAGCCAGCAAUCUUGAAUGCAAAGGUGCAGUGAUGUCCAGUGGGGGGAACAUAGAUUCAUCAUCAACAAUUAGUCCAUAUUUUCCCAGUAAAGAUCCUAUUCCUCUUCUUUCUCCUCUUGUAUUGCCUUCCAUGCUUGAAUCUCCCAUUAUCCAAAAGGCAAACCAAGGGAAGUCUGGUUGA